AUGGACAAAGAGUGGACUAAAUUACCGUGGUUUAGUCAAGAGAAGUCAGUGGGAAUUUGUCACUGUGAAGAGGUGGUCUUAGACGAUGAUGGAGAACCUAUUGGACCCAAUGAUCGAACCGUGACAGAUUUGAGUUGUUUCCUUGGCACUGUCGCAAGGAAUUCAGACUUGUGUCCCUUAGUUUUUACUAACUUCAAAGCUUUGAAGAAAGCAAACAAGGACCGUAUAUGGGAAUUUGUCACUGAUAAAUUCAUUAUCCCUGAAAAUGGACGUAGAGCGGUUUUCUCUCGCAUUAAUGAUGCUUGGAGGCGUUUCAAGAAAGAUCUCAAAAAGAGUUGUUUUUUAAAGUACACUACUAUGAGUGAAAGAUUGAAGCAUCGUCCCCAGACCGUACCUGAAGUUCAUUUCAAGCAAUUGAUAUCCUAUUGGAAGAACAAUAACAUCCAAAAAAUUAGCAAAAUCAAUGCUGUGAACAGAGCUAAGCAAAAGUAUAUGCAUCGGAUGGGCCCAACAAACUUUGCGAGGAUUCGUGCAAAACUGCGUGCUAAGAAAGAGGACGGAAAGGAAGUUAGCCAGGCAGAGAUGUUCAUUGAGACUCGACAAAGUCGAAAAGGAAAACAGCCGGAUGAGGAAACUUCAAGUGUAAUUUCUAAGCUUCAAGAAUCAGUUCAGAAUUCAACUGAAUCUGAGACAUUUAACUCCUUGUUUGGGAAAGAAAAAUCUGGACGAGUUCGUUGCUAUGGAAGAACAAUAACACCUACCAUGCUUAAAAGAAAAGAAGAAAUUCUGGUUAUUAAAAGGCAACAUAAUGAUGAAGUGGCUGGCAUGAAGAGGGAGAUGGAUGGUAUGAAGGCGCUAUUUAAGACAAUGAUGAAGCAACAAAACCCACAAAUGAGCGACGACGAGAUCUCUAAUUUGAUGGCAAGUGCUAUGGGCUGUUCCAUUAGUUCUACUGCUGCUCCUGCUGAUCCACAUUCGUCUGCAUCAACUCAUAUUCCGCAUUGCGAACAGGGUGGAGAGGAAGCAGAUUGUGAUGAAGAUAUGGAAGAAGCUUGUGAUGAUCAUGAAGAUGUGGAAGGAGGUUAUGCUGAAGAUGUUGAAGAAGGUGGUUGUUCAGAAGAUGUGGAAGAAGAGCAAGGAGAAGAUCAAGAAGAAUAGUUGUUUUAUGUUAUCUAGCCCAGUUUUUAGAACUUUUUUUGGUUAUUUUGGGAUGACUCCAUUUUGAGAGAAACUUGUGGUGGUACAACUUAAAUAGUGUAGGGAUCAUGGAUCAACUUAAUAUGGUUGUUUUGAUUUUGAAUUUGGGAUGAAAAACUUAGUAUCCAACUAUUAUUAGUGGAUGAACUACUAUUAAUGUUAA